CGUUUUCCCUCUAUUUUCUCUUUCUUCCAACUAUUUUCUCUACCUUUUCCGUUGUUGCAAGAUUCCUUCAACCUCUUGCAACAAUUUCAACAUCUUCAUCUUCUUCUCACACAUACAAGCUUCAAUUCUACCAAAAGUUGAAGCUUUUUCAUACAUGAUUUGGUUAAGAAUUUAGUAUAUUGAACGGUGAUUGAUUCUGGGAUCUGGCAGAAGCAGAAACGUGUGGAUCUCUGCAAAUUCUGCACUUUUUUCCAUCUGGGUAUUGUUGAUUUGGGUUUCUAAUGGGUAGUUUGAGAUACAAGGCAGGAUUGUUUCUUAUAGGUACUGUUGUUAUCAUUUGGGUCUCCUCUGCUGAAGUCACCCAGGAUAUUUAUACCGAUUAUAAGCAGCCAUUUGUGGUGACAUAUCUUGGAGCUUCUCUCAUGGUACUUUACCUCCCAAUAGCAUUCAUUAAGGAUUGGUUCUAUAACUUUCUUAAACACCGCUCUUCUAAAAGUGGAAAAAAUGCAGAAAGCGGCAAUGGAAUGCAGAAAGACUUUGAAAUGGAACUAGGGAAUGUGGUUCGAAAAGACAGUGAUAUAGACCUUUCAACUCUUGGAGAGAUAGCACCAUUGGUGGCUAAAUAUAAUGAAACUAGUUUGGCAAAGGAAGAAAAAGAACUUACUACAAAGGAAAUUGCUACUUAUGGAUUUUACAUUGCACCUAUCUGGUUCAUAACAGAGUAUCUAUCAAAUGCUGCUCUUGCACGUACUAGUGUUGCGAGUACAACAGUAUUGUCAUCUACUUCAGGACUCUUCACUCUUUUCAUCGGUGUAUUAAUGGGCGAAGACACUUUAAAUAUAUCAAAAGUAGUUGCUGUCUUGGUCAGCAUGACCGGAGUUGCCAUGACAACUCUGGGCAAAACUUGGGCCGCAGAUGACUCGCAAUUUAAUGCUUCCAAUGGACAGCGCUCUCUUGUUGGAGAUCUUUUUGGCCUUCUCUCAGCCAUGUCAUAUGGUCUAUUUACUGUUCUUCUUAAAAAGUUUUCUGGCGAAGAAGGUGAACGGGUUGACGUGCAAAAGCUGUUUGGAUAUAUUGGAUUGUUUACACUUGUAGCGCUAUGGUGGCUUAUCUGGCCAUUGUCGGCCUUAGGAAUUGAACCUAAGUUUGCGAUUCCGCACUCUGCCAAAAUGGAUGAAGUGGUUAUUGCAAAUGGACUUGUUGGAAGUGUUCUCUCAGACUACUUCUGGGCACUCUGUGUCGUAUGGACAACUCCCCUUGUGGCCACUUUGGGCAUGUCACUCACCAUUCCUCUUGCUAUGAUGGCUGACAUGGUAAUCCAUGGUCGCCAUUAUUCUGCGUUAUACAUGCUUGGAUCAGCUCAGGUAUUUGCUGGGUUUGUGAUAGCAAAUCUUUCAGAUUGGGCGACAAAGAGGUUGGGAUUAUAACACAUGAUGUUUUCUUGAUUAGUUUGGGGCAACACUUAUUCUUUUUUUGGUUGAUUAUAUUUCCACUACUCAGAUUGAGUGUCAUAGCAUGAGUCACACAAUAUGUUGAAAACCAAAACCAUGAUCUUGGUUUUUUUUUGUUGUUGUAAUUUUCAAGGAAAGCAACAAAAGAGUGUUGUUUCCAUGAUGUAUUUGUUCUGUGUAUAUGAUUUUCUUCUAUAGCGAGUUCUUCUUUGUUGUAAUCAUGUCCAAGAUGAGAGAUGCUAGCCAAUAAUGUAACCAAUCAUUGUUAUAUAAUUUGUAGCAACACGACUAAAUGUGUUCUUGAAUUGAACAAUUGAGAA